GAGUACUGAUUUGUUUGCUUUCUUGAACUACAUGUCCGGAUGGACUGGAGGAUCGAACGCGGACAUCCAAUCAUUGAUCAAUGAGCACGACUUCUUCGUGUCGCUAGGCGAUUUCGACCCCGACACAGCUAUCGACAAAGAGUUCAACAUGCUGGUAGGCUUGGCGACCGAAGUGCGUGACCAGACCAUAGCCGCAGAUGCGGUCCAGAUCAGUGCGGAUGCUGCCGCCGUGGCUUCUAUCUGGUCUUUCGGCCUUGGUAUGGUUGCAUUUGCUGCCUUUGAGGCUGCGGCCGUAAUCAUGAAAGUCGACAUUUCUAGAAAGUCGACGAACCUUAACAAGAAGAUGACGACUGUCGACGACGAUAUUGCGACCCUUGUCGGUCCCACAGUCUCUCGGUACAUCACCGCUUACAAGGCGAACAACAAAAUCGUGGCAGCCCAACAGGCAACAGGCAUGACCGGACAGACAUGUCGCUCGAUCCUCUUGCAGUUCAUGGCACAGAUCGAAAUGUCUGGCGGCAAGCUCGAUGUCGCUACUUUCAAACAGUAUGCGAACUCGGCACGUAAGCUUUUCGAUAGCAAAGAAAUUACCGACGUCUACGAUGCUCUAGACAAUUUGAACAUGAGCUCAAAGUCGGACGAUGAUCUGAAGAAAUACCUCGAUUCCAUCAAAGGGCUUCACAUUCGGCGGCAGCACGGCACUGACCAUCGUCCGCAUCAGCUCCAUCGGCAUCAUGGCCAACAGAAUGAAAGUCGCUACGAAGAGGCUUGCUCAGUACAAUGAUAUAGCAGAAUUUGUGGGUGCAGACAAGGAAACAAGCGUGUUUAAGAUGAUGGAUUGCUGGGGCAAAUUCUUUGCUGGAAUUGCAGUGAUUGCAUCCGUGGCCGACGCCGUUCUGCAAAUCCUCGACAUUAUUGAAGUGGUGGAGCAGACAAAGAAGUUGGUGGAUGAAUUGAAUGGCACAAUCAAGAAGAGCUACAAGGACUUCUUCGGCGGUAUCAAGAAUGCAGCCAAGCAGUACAACGAGGCAAUCACCAAAAAGACUGGCUAGUGGAGCUAAGCUGAAGAUCAUGUCAAAUGUUGGGGAUCAUAGCAUAACGUAUUUUCAAUGAGUUAAAUCUAGUCUAGAUUACUUAAAGUAGUGUUAGCCUAACAAAUAC